AGUCUCAACUCUCAACCUCAUCGUCUCUUCGCCGGCACACAAACUCACAGAUUCAAAAUGGGAAGGAAAAAUCCAGCAUCACAGAAAGCGUUGAAUCUCCUCCGUAACAGGCUCUGUAACCCUAAUUUCAUUUUCAACCUCUCUCCGACUUCCGACAGCAAUUACAGCAAGUUGAAGUUUUUGUUUCGAGUUCGGUUCGAGGCUUGCAACAACUCGAUUUUGCUGCUUGGCCCUCGCGGUUCUGGAAAAAUCGCGGUGUUGGAGCUUGUUCUUAAUGAUUUAUUGCUAGAAUAUCCUGAUACAUUAUCUGUGAUUAUGUUGAAUGGGCUUUUGCACAGUGAUGACAAUUGUGCAAUCAAGGAAAUUGCUAGACAGUUAUGUAUGGAGCAUAACCUUAUGUUCUCUAAAAUGGCAUCAUUUGAUGAUAACUCUCAGUUCAUGAUAGCCAUGUUACGGGAGUGUGGAUUAGCUCAUAAAACCAUUAUAUUUGUACUAAAUGAGUUUGACCUCUUUGCUCAGGGGAAACAACGGUUACUUUAUAGCCUGCUAGAUGCAAUGCAAUCAGUAACAUCUCAAGCUGUUGUUAUUGGUGUGAGUUGCCGACUGGAUGCUGACCAACUUUUGGAAAAAAGAGUAAGAUCUCGUUUCUCACAUAGGAAGCUGUUGUUUUUGCCUCCAUCUAAGGAAGAAUUGCAGAGAUUAUUGGAGCACAUUUUAUCUUUGCCAAUGGACUCAAGUCUCCCUCGUGACUAUGCUGUUGAAUUCAAUGGAAAGAUUAAAAACAUUUUAGCAGAUGAGAGAUUCAAAGAAAUCAUUAAUACUUAUUUGAACUCCGAUUCCACAGUCAAUCAUUUAUUGAGGUUUCUAUUUCAAGCUGUUUCUUACAUGGAUUUGGAAUCCGGCUUCCUAUCCCUUGAGAAUUUCAAAACUGCACUGCCAAAUUUUCAGAGACAGCCAAAGCUCGAAUCUACAAAAGAUUGUUCAAUACUCGAACUCUACAUUCUGGUAUGCAUGAAGAGGCUGGAAGUUAAAGAGCAAAACUCCUACAACUUUAAUUCUGUUAUGAAAGAGUACAAAAGCAUACACGAUUCAUUCAAGACAUCUGAUUAUUAUGCACGAAGUGUAUGCUUGCGGGCAUUUGAACAUCUUCUACAACGAGAAUUAAUUUGUUUCACAGACAACAGAGGAUACAGUCACUUGGUUGAGUUUCGUCCAGUGAAGCUUCUAAUAUCUUAUGUUGAACUACACCAUGGACUGAAAUCAUAUCGUUCCUGUCCUGCUAUUCUUCUUAAGUUAAUGGAGCAUUAGAAAUCGACAUGGCUGAGGAGCUACAUAUUAGCAAAUUAGCUGCUUCCUAU